CUGCCUGGCAAGGAGCUGGGAGGGAGCAAAAAUGUCGAACUGCCUGUGGGUCCCUGAAGACUUGAUUGGGAAACACUGAUCUAAAGCAUUUGGUCCUCGAAAUAUACUCCUGCCGGUGUGUGCAAUGAGAGGAAAGAUAAAGGGGAGGAGAGAGUCAUUGGUUGAUUAAUUUUGUGUAAUAGUUGUGGCUGAAAGUGUGAUGAAUGCAUCAUUGAUAAUCUAGCAGAGUCUGGAGCACAGAAUGAAUGAAAUUUCAAUGGGCAAGAUGUGUCUUUGGCCUCUUGCUGACUAUGGACCAUCUAUAAUGCUGAGGCUGCUGGGAGGAGUCUUGUUCUGAAAGUUUCAGAAGUAGAGAAGCCUUGUUAUCCAAACCUUAGCGGAAAGUUGUUUGAGUCAGGAGCCACCAGGCAACAAAAGGCUUUAGGGCAGAUAGCAGUGUUGUUUCAAGAUAUCGAGAAUUUUGCUUAAAAAAAAAAAGCAAUGGUAUACAAUAAAUCCAUCCAUUGUCUGCAACUGCCUGUCCUAUUCAGGGUUACAGGCUACACAAUAACUCCCAAUAUGCAAACAGUGAUGAAGAGAAAGUGAUGGUGAGGAUUGCUUUUAUGUGUUUCCUCUGUCAGGCCUUUUCCCAUAUUAUGAAUAUCAGAGCAUUAAUGUCAUUCAAUUAGAAUCUGCUUUCAAUUACAAACUACAUUCGCACGAUUGUAUAAAUAACGUCAUUAGGGAGGCAGUGCCGUGGCAACACUACAAACAAAGCUUUUCAUAAUAGGCAUCAGAUUAUGUUAAUUCUCUACCACAGUAAAGACCAGUGCCAGGUCACCGUAACCCUGCUCCUCUUACGAAAAGGGGCAUGUUAAUACUCUCUCAAUAUCAUUCUCAGCAAUACAAACACAUUUAGAUUUGAUUGUGCAAGGAAUAGGGGUGCAUCAUCACGAAAAGCGCUGUCCUGUGCUUUUGUGAGCUGGUCCGUGGUUCGCCACCCCCGCAGACGUGGCAAGGUCAGGCGGUGGGCACUCUAGCCGAACAGGAGGAGCGGGAGUUUGUGCCAGUGGAGCAUGUGGCUGGAGAGCAGGGGAGCCAUCUGGGCACCUGGCAGAGGAGCAGCUCCGAGACCCAGCGCCAUGUCAGCGCGGCUUUUCAGAAGCAGCCCGGAUGACUUCCAUUGAGACGGCAGGGAAGAACCGACUCUGUCUGUCCCGGUCACUGCGGCUUCACAUCAGCGGACGUCUUCCGAAGACUCAGUUGCCUUCCACACACCCACACUGGACCUGAUGCCCUACAGGCAGGGUAGCUAUCAUGAGUUUGAGAAGCUGUGAACAUCUCACUCUGCUGGCUGGCAGCUGGGAACCUGAAGGUACUUGCAGCCGCACCCUGGUCCUACCUCAGUUUCCAGGAGAAAGUGUGUCAGCUACACAGGAAGGAGGGGACCACACAAUAUCUGGAUGAGCGUGGAGCUGGGACAAGGGCAUAGGGUUGCUUGACAUUGACAGUUCCCCAUAAAUCAUGGUACAUUUAGCACUCCAGACUGUCCACCACUGGAAUCUCCCAGUUCCAAAAUGCAAUAUAGAUCGACAGGAGUGGACAGGGGGGUGGCCACCAAUGGUAACACCCUCCCCCACCAGCCUCGAACCACAUCAGUGCCCAGACAGCAGGAGAGCUCCUCCGGUGCAUCCUAUCCCAUGUUCUCUAAGUGGCAGGAAGACCCACCUCACCGCCCACCCUCUAGAAUCUCAUCCCCCAGCUUGCAGAGCUCAAUGAUCAGCCUUCAGAGCUCCCGUGCCAGCCACAGAAGUUCCAGCCCCAGCUUGCGGAGCUCUAGUCAAAGCCUGCACAGGGGCAACUCCAGUGAGGACAGUAGCUGGGACACCAACAGCUGGAGCUCAGGGGCUACCUGCCUGUUGCGCAGCACUAUCAAGAAGCACAGUGAGGAGUUCCAUGCAUGCCUGGCCAACUCAAAGCCCAACUGCUUGAAGGAGUCUGGCGAUGGUGGAGAGAGUGACUGCAUGCCACCAAAACAUCAGGAGGGGGUUGAACAGAUGCUGGAGAGGAGGGACUCCUCACACAGCCUGUCCUCCAGCCAGGACACGUCUGUCACAUCAGCACAGCUAGAGCAGAAGAUCAAAGCCAAACUGAAGUUCUCCCAGUUUCUGGAUGAAGUGACUUGCAGAGUGCUGGACCCAAGCAGUCUGGAGGCUUUUGGUGUGUUCCGGCAAAGGGAGUCAUCCAACUUCUGGGGUGAAACUCCUGUCAGCACUGAGUUAAAGUGGAACAACAUGGCCCAGUGGACCAACUGCCUUCCUGUCUGCAAGGUCCUGAACAACAACAAAUACAUGAGAAAACAGGAAGAACCCAGUUUUCAGGAGCCAGCUUCAAAACUGUACUUGGAAACUGACAUUGACAAUGUUGGGUGGGAGAGACAACUAGAAGCAAACAGUCCCUGGAACAAAAGGAAGGCAAGUCCCAUAAAGAGGGGGAAGGAGAUGGGAUCCUUUCCAGUCUCUAAUGAGCUACCUCGGGAAAACUUUGAGAGGAUGGAGCCCUUAAGCCCCAUUUUCAGCUGGAGCAGCGGCUUCUCAAAGUGUACCAGCAAAUCAACAUCUCUACCCAAGUCAAAGGGCAACAUGGCGUCCGAUGGUGAGAUGCAGAAUGUGAGCACCUUGCAGGAGCAGAAGGAGGACUUGCGCAAGCGCUUGUCCUACACCACCCACAAGCUGGAGGUGCUGGAGACAGAGUUCGACUCCACCCGGCAGUACCUGGAGACGGAGCUUCGCCGUGCCCAGGAGGAGCUGGAGAAGUUCACUGACAAACUGCGCCGAAUACAGAGCAGUUAUGCAGCACUGCAGAGAAUCAAUCAGGACCUGGAGGACAAAAUCCACCAGUCGUCUAAGCACCAUGAAGAGGAGAAGAGAGCUCUGAGUCGGGAGAUUAUCGUCCUCAACAAUCACCUCAUGGAAGCAAAGAUCACCAUCGAGAAACUCAGAGAAGACAAUGACCUGUACAGGAAGGACUGCAACCUGGCUGCCCAGCUCCUCCGCUGCUCCAAUUCCCACUACAGAGCCCACAAGCUGUCGGAGCUGCCAUCUGAAUUUCAGGAGCGGGUCAGCAUGCACAUGGAGAAGCACGGCUGUGGGGUGACCUUGGCUCUGCGUCACUCUCCUUACACAGACUCUGUGCCCACGGCGGUCAUUGCCAAGGUACUGGAGAAACCAGAACCGGGCACCAGCUGCCCAGGCUCUCAAUCCCCAAGUCCUCAGCACCAGGGCCCAGACUUCCUGCCCAAUAGCAUGGGGAGCAGCGAACGCCUUCAGCGACGUCUGGCGUACAAGUCCUCAGACCUGUACUGCAGUGACACAGCCCUCUACUGCCCAGAAGAGCGCAGACGGGAGCGCCGGCAGAGUGUUGACCUUCAUGGGCAAGAGACUAGCCUCUUCCAAGCCCAAAACUCUACCGACAGCAACCCUGAGGAGGAAGCCUUCCACUCCGGGUUUUCGCGCCACGAGGCGUCCUUCGCGGAGUUCGCCACAGGAUCGCUGCAGGCCUCCAGCUCCUACUCCAGCUUCAGCGCAGCGUCUGAUGAGAAAGGCCAUGCCCUCAGCAGCACGCUUUCCUUGUCGCAGCAGGCCCUCUACAUGGACUGGCGUGAUGGUGACUAUGAGCAUAAGAGCACCUCUUCCUACGAGAAGGAGAGCCCCGGGUUUCCCAAGUCACACAGCUUCCAGCACAUGGCCCACGGGCCGCAGGACGACAGCUCACCUGGCUACGUUCGUACUGCGUCCGCGUGCUUCAGCGAGCCCUACCACUCGACCCGCCUGCCGACCUCACACAGCAUGGGAUCUUCCGCCCAGCUCUACCGAGACAGCCACGGCAGAAUCCAUGUCCCAGAGGAGGAGCUCAGCGGGCGAUGGAGGCAGCUGAGCGUAGAGGACCUAAAUGCAUAUUCCUAUCGCAACCCAGGCCGCAUCUCGCCAUAUAGCUUCUCUGAGCAGCACUUUGUUGUGGGCCCCAGCAAGAUCAAACUGGGCCCACUGUACAGCAGCUUUCAGGAGGGGGACGAUGCCUACCACAGCCGUAUCCUGGGCCGUUGUUUUGUAGCCUCACCCAGUCCCAGUCCCAGCCCUGAGCACAUCCACGGCUCAAGGAAGCCAGACAAGCCGCCCAUGUAUCGGGCCAAGGACGACAGCCAAGAGUCAGAGCGCAGCCUCUUCCACUCAGGAAGCUCCAAAGACAAGGACAGCACAGCCGGGAGCAUGAAGAAGGAGUAUGUGGAUGUGAGUCCCAACAGCUCUGCAGAGUCCCUGCAUCGAAGUCCUCCAGAGCCUUCGGACCUGCAGCACUACCAGAUGGACCGGCAAAGCCCCAGCCUGCAGCGGUCAGCAUCCCCACAGUACCAAAAAUUUGCAAGCACAGGACUCUGCAGGAAGGACAGUCUCACCAAGGCACAGCUUUAUGGUACAUUACUGAACUGAAGAGCAGAGGUCGAUGGCAUAAGCUGGCACUUGGUCACCCUUUAAUCCAGGAGCUGCUAGGACAAGACAUGGUUCUGUGGGCCAGUACAGGUAGUGUUCAGACAGGCAACACAGGCAGGUUUUUAGAUUUAUGGCAUGAUAUGUAUUUAUUUUUAAAGGACAUUGGUUCAGAUGCACAGAGUGAUUGAGACUUGGCAGAUAUUUUUAAUAUUAUUCAUUAGUGAUAUGUAAAUAUAUGAAGCAGAUAACACAUGGUACACUUAAGGUUUAAUGCCAGAGUGGGUUUUUGUUGACAAAACAACUGUGAGUAGCUGUCAGUCUCUCACUUUGGUCGUUCAGAUUUCACACAUUUUGUCCUUUUAUUAGGUGAAGUAAUUGUAUAAAGCAAUAACAGUUACAAUGACAUUAGCCAAACUA